AUGGCCGAACCGGGUAUGAUCGCUGAUGUUGUCGGUCGAUCACACGCUCACGACUAUGUCAAACCCGAUAUAUUUGUUAAUGUUUUCAAACCAUUAAUUGGUUCACACAAUUUACUAGUUAGUGAAGGACAUGAACAUGAAAGAGCUAGAAAAAUGCUUAAUCCAGCUUUUCAUUUUGUCAACUUGAGAUCUAUGGCUUCUAUCAUGACUAAUGAAACAGCUAAAGCUAUUGACAGAUUUUUUUCAACAUCACAAUCAAAAUACACUGAUUUACACAUGGAAAUGAGUAGUCUCACCUUAUCAAUUAUUAUGUCGAGCGCAUUCGGUAAAGAUUCUUCAACAGCAGAAAAUUUUAGUCAAACCAUGUAUCAGACAAUUAACGAAAUUUUUGACGCAAUUCGAUAUCGACUGACGUAUACCAUUACUCAAAUUCCUUUUCUAUCACGUCUACCUCUCUGGCGCAAAAGCGUCAUUGAUAAUGGUGUUCGACGGGUCACACGUUCUGUUGAACAAGUCAUUACUGAUCGACGACAGGGUCGAUCUGCUAGUCUGUGUGCUGGUUCGGAUCUUCUUGAUCUCUUGCUAUCAGCUGUGGAUAGCGAUGGAAAAUCAUUUACAGAUGAAGAAAUCAAAGAUCAGGCUUUAACCUUCGUUUUGGCCGGUCAUGAAACGACCAGUAAUCUUAUGACAUGGGCAAUGUAUGUUUUGAUGACAAAUGAAUCUGUUUUUCGUGCAUGUCGUGAAGAAGUGGACAAAAUUUUACCGAAUGGUACGGAUCCUACUUAUGAACUUGUUUGUAAUCUAGUCGUGUGUGAAGCGAUCUUACAAGAAACUCUUCGUCUCUAUCCACCAGCACCUCUAUUUGUGCGAAAAUGCAUACGUGAACAUAUCAUAGGAAAAGAAGAACAGCAGCAGUUACGCAUCCCUGCUGGUACCACAAUACUCAUCAAUAGCUAUGCACUUCAUCGACGAGCGGACUACUGGCCUAGACCACUCGAAUUCGAUUAUACACGUUGGAUACGUGAUCCAAUAACAGAUUUGAAACCAAAAUUAGCUCAUCCUUUCUGCUAUUUGCCAUUCGCUGCCGGACCACGCAAUUGUAUUGGACAACAUUUUGCAAUGCUUGAAGCUAAAGUAAUGUUGGCUAUGCUCGUACAACGAUGCGAUUUCGUAAUUGAACCGGGACAGAAAAUUGUGCCAGAAUUCAUCAUUACCAUGAGACCAAAAUACGGACUUCGUGCUCGAGUCAGUAAGAGACUCUGA